AUUACAUCUGUUAACAUGGAUGAAAUUUUUAAAAUUUUACACAAAUGUCAUUUAAAUAAUAAGUGUGAGAUAACAUUGAAUGAAAUCGAAACUAGUUUUAUAGAAGAUGUGAGAAAGGAUAUCGAGAAAUUAUUUAUGAAUAUACGAAGUAACAUAGGAAGUAUUGAAUAUACAAAUCUUAACAAAAUGCUAGCAGUUUGUUACUUAAAGAUUGGUAAUGAACUUGAAGCUAUAUUUCAUUUAAUUGAGUCACAUGCAGUGAUACUUCGUCAACAAAUAUUGCAUAGAUAUGUGAAAACAGAAAUGCGAGAGUCAAUUUUAAAUAUACCCCAAACUUAUGGACUUAAAUCUUCUUAUGUUGGAUUUGAUAUAAAUAAUACAAAUAAAAUUGAUAAUUUAAAAACAAAGCUCUUUGAUCUACCUAAAGAAUGGUACGUGAUUCAAGUCACUGAGCAGUACAGAUCUCCAAAUGUGUUAAAAUAUAGCAGAACUAAACCAUAUGAUAUGCAUGAAAUACAUAUUACGAUAUUACCAACAGGAACGAAAGAUAUAGAACCCUUGUGUUUAACAUUACCAAAACCUAAGUUAGAUUCUUCAUAUGAUAUCUGUCAUGAAAUUCAAAAAUUACUUUCUAAUAACAGAUCAGAAUUAGAAGCUAUAUAUGCAAAUAAUGAAUUGUAUUGGAAAAUGAGAGAGAGACAAAAUACGAAUAUGAAGACUGCUAUACAAGCAUUAGAAUAUACAUGGCUACGAGAAUGGAGAAUUUUGUUUAUAGCAGAUCCAAUAAACAAACAUAAAUUAGCAGCAGAUAUUGUACAAAUGAUUGAUAAACUUAUAUUUGAUUAUAAAAUGUCAAACAAGAUAUCAAACAGGUCUAAGUGGUUAUUAAAAAAAAUAGCAUUAUCUGCAUGUUUUCUUACAAGAGAAGAGAUAGCACGUGCAGUAAAGUAUGUACUUUCUGAUUAUGACAAGCUUGCACAUAAUGUAAUACUAUCAAUAUUUGGAAAAUUACCUUGUAUACAAGAAUUGAAAGAUGUAACUAGGAAGACAUUAGUUUUAAUUAUAGAUGAACAUAUGGAUUAUAUACCUUUUGAGUCUAUGGAAAUUUUAAAAUGUCACCCAAUUACUCGUUUUCCAUCAUUACACAUUGCAUAUGCUUUAUUUAAAGAUCAUGAAAAUACAAUGGAGAAUGGUUGUAAAAUAAUUCAAGUAAAGAAUGAUAUGGGUACAUGUAUAGUUAAUCCUUCAGGUAACUUAAGUAAAAUGGAAAAACGUAUGAGACUGUUUAUUGAAUAUUGGCUGCCAAAUUGGAAAAGUUGGUACAAUGUUGAACCACAGGAAGCAGUAUUUGAAGAUGCAUUAAUUAAUCGUGAUAUAUUAAUGUAUAAUGGUCAUGGUAAUGGUAUACAAUAUUUACCAGGAGAACAAAUAGAAAGACUUAGGGUGAAAUCAAUUGUUUUAUUAUUUGGUUGUAGUAGUGUAAAAUUGCUUACAGUAGGAGGACGUUAUCCGCCAUAUGGAGUCUCAAAUCAGUAUUUAAUAGCUAGCAGUUCUUGUGUACUUGGUAUGUUAUGGGAAGUUACAGACGCUGAUAUCGAUAAAAUGACAACGAAUUUCAUUAGUAAUUGGAUUCCGUCUCCAUCAAAUAGACCAUGGACUGAUGUUGAUAUUAAUAUGUGGUGUGCAGGGAGCCUAAAAUUUCUAAAAACUCCACAUAAAAACUGUCAAAAUAUACCUAUAGAACCUGAGAUGUUGAGAGCAGUAGCAAAAUCCAAAGGUGUUUGUUCACAAUAUAUGACUGCAGCCGCAAUAGUAGUACGAGGACUACCAAUAAAGCUCAUUUGAAUAGUAAAUGUAAAAAAC